AUCCAUUCCAUUUCCAUUCUCAUUCUUUCCUUUUCUGGACCGAGAGAAGCUCGCGCAGAGUGCACACGGAGAAGGAUCGAGGGAAAUUUACUUAGCCAAAUUCUAUGGUUUUGGAUUACGAAAAAUCUCGAAUUUCAUGAAUUCCCGAUAAACCAAAUUAGGGUUUCGGAGUAUCCGGAAGCCGGAUUGAGCCCAAAUUUCAUAUACGAGCUUCCU